GGGGAGGGUCUCCGGCCCCAGGCGCUGCGCGCGGGGCUUCUGCCCAGUUUCCUGCCUCACAGUCGCGGUGUCCGCCCCGGCCCAGAGCAAUUUGUGCAAUUUGGAAACUCGAUAGGAGGCAGCAGCUGGUCUCCCACCACCCUAAAAAUAAUCCGCUCCGGCGCACUGCGUGCUUCGCCUAGGGGAGGAAAACUGUCAUCGGAGAGUUCUGCGUCCGGGUUUGAAAUUUACAUCUUAAGACAGUGUAGGAAGUCGGUGUUUUGAAGGUAGCUCAAGUGCACCGGCAGGGAUUUGAAGCAGCGUGAAGCUAUUGCCCGAGGGAAAGUAUUGUUUGUAACCAUUGCUAAAUCAAUUAUCAAUGAAAGGAAAGAAAGAAAAGAGUAAACCAUAUAAGAAGAAAUGAGCCUUUCAUUUUGUGGUAACAACAUUUCUUCAUAUAAUAUUAAUGAUGGUGUAUUACAAAAUUCCUGCUUUGUGGAUGCCCUCAACCUAGUCCCACAUGUCUUUCUGUUGUUUAUCACUUUUCCAAUAUUGUUUAUUGGGUGGGGGAGCCAAAGCUCAAAAGUACAAAUUCACCACAACACAUGGCUUCAUUUUCCGGGACAUAACCUGAGAUGGAUUCUUACAUUCGCUCUCCUGUUUGUGCAUGUCUGUGAAAUAGCAGAAGGCAUUGUUUCAGACUCGCGACGGGAAUCAAGGCACCUCCACCUCUUUAUGCCGGCCGUGAUGGGAUUCGUUGCCACUACAACAUCAAUAGUGUAUUAUCAUAAUAUCGAAACAUCAAAUUUUCCUAAAUUACUUUUAGCCCUAUUCCUGUAUUGGGUAAUGGCUUUUAUUACCAAAACAAUAAAAUUGGUUAAGUACUGUCAGUCUGGUUUGGACAUAUCAAACCUGCGUUUCUGCAUCACAGGCAUGAUGGUCAUCUUGAAUGGGCUCUUGAUGGCUGUGGAGAUCAAUGUCAUUCGAGUCAGGAGAUACGUAUUCUUCAUGAAUCCUCAGAAAGUAAAGCCUCCUGAAGACCUCCAGGAUCUGGGAGUGAGAUUUCUUCAACCAUUUGUGAAUUUGCUGUCAAAAGCAACAUACUGGUGGAUGAAUACACUUAUUAUAACUGCUCAUAAAAAGCCUAUUGAUCUGAAGGCAAUUGGAAAAUUGCCAAUAGCAAUGAGGGCAGUAACAAAUUAUGUUUGCCUGAAAGAUGCGUAUGAAGAACAAAAGAAAAAAGUUGCAGAUCAUCCAAAUCGGACUCCAUCUAUAUGGCUUGCAAUGUACAGAGCUUUUGGGCGACCAAUUCUACUCAGUAGCACAUUCCGCUAUCUGGCUGACUUACUGGGUUUUGCUGGACCUCUUUGUAUUUCUGGAAUAGUUCAGCGUGUGAAUGAAACCCAGAAUAGGACAAACAACACAACUGGAAUUUCAGAAACCCUCUCAUCAAAGGAAUUUCUUGAAAACGCUUAUGUUCUAGCAGUUCUUCUCUUCUUGGCUCUUAUUCUGCAAAGGACAUUUUUGCAGGCUUCCUACUAUGUAACCAUAGAGACUGGCAUUAACCUCCGUGGAGCUCUGCUGGCCAUGAUUUAUAACAAAAUCCUUAGGCUGUCUACGUCUAACUUAUCCAUGGGGGAGAUGACUCUGGGACAGAUCAACAACUUAGUUGCCAUUGAAACUAAUCAACUCAUGUGGUUUUUGUUCCUGUGUCCCAAUCUAUGGGCUAUGCCUGUUCAGAUCAUAAUGGGCGUGAUUCUGCUCUAUAAUUUACUUGGAUCAAGUGCAUUGGUUGGUGCAGCUGUCAUUGUGCUCCUUGCGCCAAUUCAGUACUUUAUUGCUACAAAGUUGGCAGAGGCUCAGAAAAGUACACUUGAUUAUUCCACUGAGAGACUGAAGAAAACAAAUGAAAUAUUGAAAGGCAUCAAACUUCUAAAAUUGUAUGCCUGGGAACACAUUUUCUGCAAAAGCGUGGAGGAAACAAGAAUGAAAGAACUGUCUAGUCUCAAAACCUUUGCACUUUAUACAUCACUCUCCAUCUUCAUGAAUGCAGCAAUUCCCAUAGCAGCUGUUCUUGCUACGUUUGUGACCCAUGCGUAUGCCAGUGGAAACAAUCUGAAACCUGCAGAGGCCUUUGCUUCACUGUCUCUCUUCCACAUCCUGGUCACACCACUGUUCCUGCUCUCCACAGUGGUCAGAUUUGCAGUCAAAGCCAUCAUAAGUGUUCAAAAGCUGAAUGAGUUUCUCUUGAGUGAUGAGAUUGGUGAUGACAGUUGGCGAACUGGUGAAGGUUCGCUUCCUUUUGAGUCCUGUAAGAAGCACACUGGAGUUCAGCCAAAAACUAUAAACAGGAAACAGCCUGGAAGAUAUCACCUGGACAGCUAUGAGCAAUCAACACGGCGUCUACGUCCCACAGAAACAGAGGACAUCGCAAUAAAGGUCACAAAUGGAUACUUUUCAUGGGGCAGUGGUUUAGCCACAUUAUCCAAUAUAGACAUUCGAAUUCCAACAGGUCAGUUAACCAUGAUUGUGGGCCAAGUAGGAUGUGGGAAGUCCUCUCUUCUCCUUGCCAUCCUUGGUGAGAUGCAGACGUUGGAAGGAAAAGUUCACUGGAGCAAUGUAAAUGAAUCUGAGCCUUCUUUUGAAGCAACCAGAAGUAGGAACAGGUAUUCUGUGGCGUAUGCAGCUCAAAAGCCUUGGCUAUUAAAUGCUACAGUAGAAGAAAAUAUUACUUUUGGAAGUCCUUUUAACAAACAGAGGUACAAAGCUGUCACGGAUGCCUGUUCUCUUCAGCCAGAUAUUGACUUAUUACCAUUUGGAGAUCAAACUGAAAUUGGAGAGAGGGGCAUCAACCUGAGUGGGGGACAGAGGCAGAGAAUCUGUGUGGCACGCGCGCUGUAUCAAAACACCAACAUUGUCUUUUUGGAUGAUCCAUUCUCAGCCCUGGACAUUCACUUGAGUGAUCACCUAAUGCAGGAGGGAAUUUUGAAAUUCCUGCAAGAUGACAAAAGGACACUCGUUCUUGUGACUCACAAAUUACAGUAUCUGACGCACGCUGACUGGAUCAUAGCCAUGAAAGAUGGAAGUGUCCUAAGAGAAGGAACUUUGAAGGACAUUCAAACCAAAGAUGUUGAGCUUUAUGAACACUGGAAAACACUUAUGAAUCGGCAAGAUCAAGAAUUAGAAAAGGAUAUGGAAGCUGAUCAAACUACUUUAGAGAGGAAAACUCUCCGAAGGGCCAUGUAUUCAAGAGAAGCCAAAGCCCAAAUGGAGGACGAAGAUGAAGAGGAAGAAGAGGAGGAAGAUGAGGAUGAUAACAUGUCCACCGUAAUGAGGCUCAGGACUAAAAUGCCAUGGAAAACCUGCUGGCGCUACCUGACAUCUGGAGGAUUCUUCCUGCUCAUCCUGAUGAUUUUCUCUAAGCUUUUGAAGCAUUCAGUCAUUGUAGCUAUAGACUAUUGGCUGGCCACAUGGACAUCGGAGUACAGUAUAAACAAUACUGGAAAAGCUGAUCAGACCUACUAUGUGGCUGGCUUUAGCAUACUUUGUGGAGCAGGCAUUUUCCUUUGCCUUGUUACAUCCCUCACUGUAGAAUGGAUGGGUCUCACAGCUGCCAAAAAUCUUCACCACAACCUUCUCAAUAAGAUAAUCCUUGGACCAAUAAGGUUUUUUGAUACCACACCCCUGGGACUGAUUCUCAAUCGCUUUUCAGCUGAUACUAAUAUCAUUGAUCAGCACAUCCCUCCAACCUUAGAAUCUCUAACUCGCUCCACACUGCUCUGCCUGUCCGCCAUUGGGAUGAUUUCUUAUGCUACUCCUGUGUUCCUGGUUGCUCUCCUGCCCCUUGGUGUCGCCUUUUAUUUUAUCCAGAAAUACUUUCGGGUUGCCUCUAAGGACCUCCAGGAACUUGAUGAUAGUACCCAGCUCCCCCUGCUCUGUCACUUCUCAGAAACAGCAGAAGGACUCACCACCAUUCGGGCCUUUAGGCAUGAAACCAGAUUUAAACAACGUAUGCUGGAACUGACGGACACAAACAACAUUGCCUACUUAUUCCUCUCAGCUGCCAACAGAUGGCUGGAGGUCAGGACGGAUUAUCUGGGAGCCUGCAUUGUCCUCACUGCAUCUAUAGCAUCCAUUAGUGGGUCUUCGAAUUCUGGAUUGGUAGGCUUGGGUCUUCUGUAUGCACUUACGAUAACCAAUUAUUUGAAUUGGGUUGUGAGGAACUUGGCUGACCUGGAGGUCCAGAUGGGUGCAGUGAAGAAAGUGAACAGUUUCCUGACUAUGGAGUCAGAGAACUAUGAAGGCACAAUGGAUCCUUCUCAAGUUCCAGAACAUUGGCCACAAGAAGGGGAGAUUAGGAUACAUGAUCUGUGUGUCAGAUAUGAAAAUAAUCUGAAACCUGUUCUUAAGCACGUCAAAGCUUACAUCAAACCUGGACAAAAGGUGGGCAUAUGUGGUCGCACUGGCAGUGGGAAAUCAUCGUUGUCUCUGGCUUUCUUCAGAAUGGUUGAUAUAUUUGAUGGAAAAAUUGUCAUUGAUGGGAUAGACAUUUCCAAAUUACCACUGCACACACUACGUUCUAGACUUUCAAUCAUUCUGCAGGAUCCAAUACUAUUCAGUGGUUCCAUUAGAUUUAAUUUAGAUCCAGAGUGCAAAUGCACAGAUGACAGACUCUGGGAAGCCUUAGAAAUUGCUCAGCUGAAGAAUAUGGUCAAAUCUCUACCAGGAGGUCUAGAUGCGGUUGUCACUGAAGGUGGGGAGAAUUUUAGUGUUGGACAGAGACAGCUAUUUUGCCUUGCCAGGGCCUUUGUCCGCAAAAGCAGCAUUCUUAUUAUGGAUGAGGCAACAGCUUCCAUUGACAUGGCCACAGAGAAUAUUUUGCAAAAAGUAGUAAUGACAGCUUUUGCAGACCGGACCGUGGUGACAAUAGCUCAUCGAGUACACACUAUUCUGACGGCAGACCUGGUUAUUGUGAUGAAGCGAGGAAAUAUUUUAGAAUAUGACACUCCAGAAAGCCUCUUGGCUCGGGAAGAUGGAGUAUUUGCUUCUUUUGUUCGCGCAGACAUGUGAAGGAGUGUCUUAAAACAAUACGUGUAUUUAAAAUAAUGCAGUCAUAACCUAAUUAACGUUAAUGGAUCAUCGGCUUGACCUCUGUAAAGUGGCAUCUUAAACUUUUACAGAUUUUUGCACAAGAAGUUGACAUUUAUUUUUCCUGUUUUUUAAAACAGUUUUGCAAGGUAUUAGUGCAUAAUAUGUUCAUUAUUGAUGUUUUUAUAGUGAUCAAGCCACUCUACCUUUAAGAAUAACUAGGUUGUAUUAAAACAUGUAAGCUACUUUAAGUGGUAAAUCAAUAGCUAAAGUUUUCUCAUAACUUUAAGUCUGGUAAAUAUCUCUCAGGCAUGGAAGUUUCAAUGAGUAAUCAGUAUUACUAUACUCUUGUUUGUAAGAAUAUAUUUUCCUUAUUGUUUAAGUCUCUAGGGGUUAUUGGAAGAGAAUAAAAAGGACAUGUUUUCUA